AUGGCGGAAAAAACUAUGGGAGACCCGCUCACUGGAGAAUAUAUUCCAAAGGAACGAAAAACGUUUGCCCCUGAGGAAGAAGCCAGACUUGAAAGGCAACAUUUUUGGAGAAUCGUCGCCGCCUUUAGAUUUUACAGGAGCCAUGUACAAGAGUAUGUGAAUCGAGCAGAGCGACACUUUCGUAGUCUACCUCAGCGCCACCAGAAUCUACUUCCUUCUGUACUGCCCAAUUUGGCCCGCAUCCGUCAAUGCACAGACCACAACCAUGAAGUUCUGCAAGCCAUCGUCGAGCACAGCAUUCACAUGUUUGAAAACAUUGAGUUUGGGGAGAGGCAGGAUCCGAGGAAGGUGCGCUCCUCCUCAACAUUUGACAUGGACAAGCUCAAGUCAACCAUAAAGCAGUUUGUCAGAGACUGGAGCGAAGCGGGUCAGGGUGAGCGGGACUCAUGCUAUCAGCCCAUCAUCCAGGAGAUCCAAAGGCACUUCCCAAGGGACCAAUAUGAUGUGUCUAAGGUCAGCGUGCUGGUUCCGGGUGCGGGACUUGGACGUCUAGCCUGGGAAAUUGCUCGUCUUGGUUAUAUUUGCCAGGGCAAUGAAUGGAGCUUCUUCAUGCUGUUCUCUUCCAACUUUGUUCUUAAUAGGUGCGAAAAGGUUAAUUGUCUGACACUGUACCCCUGGAUUCACCAAUUUAGUAACAAUAAGAAGUCAUCUGAUCAGACACGGCCUAUCAGAUUUCCUGAUGUCAAUCCUCAGAGUUUACCACAAGAUUCAGACUUCUCCAUGGUAGCAGGGGACUUCCUCGAAGUAUACUCAGAUGCAGAUUCCUGGGACUGUGUGGCUACUUGUUUCUUCAUUGACACGGCUCAUAACGUCAUACAGUAUGUGGAGACCAUCUGGAAAAUUCUUAAACCUGGAGGAGUAUGGAUCAAUCUCGGUCCGCUGUUGUACCAUUUUGAGAACAUGGCCAAUGAGCUCUCAGUUGAACUGAGCUAUGAAGACAUCAGAGCCGCUAUGGUUAAAAUAGGCUUCCACAUAGUGGUGGAAAAUGAGUCUCUUCAUACUACCUACACAGAGAACGAGCGCUCCAUGUUAAGAUACAUUUACGACUGUGUCCUCUUUGUGGCACGGAAACCUGAAAAUAUGUACUCUAACUGCCAAGAAGAAAAUGACCAACAGAGUUCACCUCCAGCUGCCAAAUCACCACGACAAGACAAGUCAGAGUGUCGUACAUGA